AUCUACACCACUCCCCCAUGCGCGCACUGUGCCAUUCAUGGAAAUGUGAAUGUAAUACUAUGCGACGAGUGAUGCAUAAACCAUAAUCGUCUUUGCAUUUCCAUUUAGAGACUUAAAAUAGCGUUACCAAUAUUCUGAGAUGGACCAUUCAGAGACAGACACAACUUUUCCCAUCGCAGACAAAUUGGAAUACCCAGUGUCAGCACAGAGGACAAAUAUGCAGUUCACUCUAAACAUGGAAGGAAAAGACUCACCCAGUGUCACAAAUGUUCAUCAGACCACAUCAGACUCAGUGGAAUCUUCUAGAGUAUCGUCUUGUGAUGAUCACUCAAUAGAUCUUCCACUGCGCUUUAAAGAAAUGCCUCCUCGUUCUCUCAGAUUAAUCCGGAGCAUGACAUCAGAAUCUGAGUGCAGUGUGACUUUCAUCAAGAGUGACUUGUCAGUGACACCUCAGCCAGAAGCCCAUGAUGUAUCCACUUCGGAAUUCAGGCAACACUGUGGAGAGAUAAAAGCCUUUAAAUCGAAACUUAAGACAAAAUUUCAGUGUCUGCGUGAAGUAUCAACACAUGAACAUCCAAAACCUCUUAAUGAAAUCUACACUGAGCUCUACAUCAUAGAAGGUGGAGAAGGAAAGAUCAAUGAUGAGCAUGAGGUCCGAUGGAUUGAAAAAGCCUUCAGGAAAGCUGCAACAGGUGAUGCUCCAAUCAACCUUAAUGACAUUUUCACACCGUUACCUGGACAAGACCAGCCCAUCAGAACUGUGCUGACCAAAGGAGUAGCUGGCAUUGGAAAAACAGUCUCUGUGCAGAAGUUCAUCCUUGACUGGACUGAAGAAAAAGCAAAUCAGGAUGUCCACCUCAUAUUUCCACUUCCUUUCAGAGAGCUCAAUUUGCUGAAGGACCAAAUAUUCAGUCUUCAAGGUCUUCUACAAUUUUUCAUGAGCACAAAACAACUUGAAUUCUCUUUAAAUGGAGGUAAAAUCAUUUUCAUCUUCGAUGGUUUGGACGAAUGUCACCUGUCUCUGGAUUUUCAAAACAACGUGAGCUUGUGUGAUGUGAAUGAAUCAGCUUCAGUAAAUGUGCUGCUGACAAACCUCAUUGUUGGGAAUCUGCUUCCCUCUGCUCUCAUCUGGAUCACCUCCAGACCAGCAGCAGCUGAUCGCAUCCCCUUUGAGCAUGUCCAUCGACUGACAGAGGUACGAGGCUUCAAUGACCCUCAGAAGGAGGAAUACUUCGAGAAGAGAAUCAGAGAUGAGAUCCUGGCUGGGAGAAUCAUCUCACACCUGAAGUCAUCAAGGAGCCUCUAUAUCAUGUGUCACAUCCCAGUGUUCUGCUGGAUCUCAGCCACUGUUCUAGAGAAGAUGUUGAGUCAAACAGAGAGUGAAGAAAUUCCCAAGACUCUCACUCAAAUGUACACACACUUCCUGAUCCUUCAGACCACCAUUAAACAUGAGAAAGACUAUAAAAUGGAAGUGAAUGACGAAGACAUUAUCUUGAAACUGGGUAAACUGGCUUUCCAGCAGCUCAAGGCAAGGAAUCUGAUUUUCUAUGAAGAAGACCUGAGAGAGUGUGGCAUUAUUGUGACGGAAGCAUCAGUGUAUUCUGGAAUGCUCACCCAGAUUUUCAGAGAAUUAGGAGUGGACCAAAGGAAGGUCUACUGCUUUGUUCAUCAGAGCAUUCAGGAAUAUCUUGCAGCUCUAUAUGUGCACAUGUCCUUUAUUAUGAAAAACAUUAAUAUGCUUUGCAGCACCACAGAAUCUUUUUUAAGCUUAUUUACCAAAAAUACGUCAAUGUUCAAAAUGCAUCUGUGUGGCGUGAAAAAAGCUCUGAAGAGUGAAAAUGGACAUUGGGACCUUUUCCUCCGUUUUCUCCUGGGUCUGUCUCUAGAGUCCAAUCAGAUAUUAUUGCAAAGCUUUCUGACUGACAUAAGAAUCAGCUCCUAUGACAACAAGGAAAUUGUUGCUUACAUUAAAAAUAAGAUUGUGGAAUAUCCAUCUCCAGAGAAAUCCUUCAACUUGUUCCACUGCCUGAACGAACUGAAUGACGAUUCUCUGGUAGCGGAAAUCCAGCAAUAUCUGAAAUCAGAAACUAUGAGAGGAAAAAGCCUUCAGCGGUCUCAGUGGUCUGCUCUGACUUUUUUGAUCCUGAUUUCUGAACAGAAGCUGGAUGUGUUUGACUUAGGAAAAUAUGCUGAGGAGCGCAGAGUCACAGAUGAUAUUCUGUUGAGGCUGCUGCCUGUGAUUGAGGCAUCCAGAGUGGCUGAGCUUGAUAGAAGUAAACUGACAUACAAAUGCUGUGGUGCCUUGGCUUCCACUCUCAGCUCCAAGUCUUCAUGCCUGAGAGAACUGUACCUAGGGCAGAAUAACCUGCAAGACGCUGGAGUUAAGAUGUUGUGUGUUGGACUAAGGAGUGCUGACUGUAAACUUGAGACGCUUGGGCUUAAUGACUGCAGGCUGACAGAGAAAUGCUGUGAAGAUCUAUCUUCGAUUUUUAGCACUGAAUCUUCAAGUUUGAAAGUGCUGGAUCUUAAUGGAAACAACCUGCAGGAUUCAGGUGUUAAACUACUUUCUUCUGGACUGGCGAGUCCUCAUUGUAAAGUGGUGGACUUAAGUUUGUGGAAUUGUGGUUUUACAAAUGAAGGUUGUGCAGCUCUGGCUUCAGCUCUGACAGCAAACCCCUCACACCUGAUUGAUCUGAGUCUGUCAGGAAAUGAAAUAGGAGACUCAGGUGCAAAGCUGCUUUCAAGAGUGCUGGAAAAUCCUGCAUGUAAACUGGAAAGCCUUUGGCUGAAGAUUUGUGGUAUCACUUAUGAAGGCUGUGCAGUUCUGGUUGAGGCUUUAAAAUCAAACCCCUCACACCUGAAAGUGCUUUCUCUCUAUGGGAAUGAGAUUGGGGCCUCAGGAAAGAAGCUGCUAACUGAUGUAAAGGAUGAUGAGACAUACAAACUGGAUACCAUAGAACCCAGUCAUUACCACACAGACGAGGCCCUCAGUCAAGAGGGACACCCACUGCAACAUGUCCACCGUUUGACGCCUUUGCACAACCCGAAGCUCCAUUUUCCCAUUGAAGGAAAAAGCACCCCAGAUCAUGAUGGAGCCGCCUCCACUGUGCAGCAUAGAAAACAUCUCCAGUGGGAUCUCCAUGUCAUGCCAUCAACAAUCUCACGAGAAGCUGUCUUUGACACCAUCCGUCACCCACCGAGCGAUGCCUCACUAUUGAUCUGUCACUGUCAGUGCGAGAAUAUAAAGCAGCGUCUCGCUAUAGUAAGAGUGCUUCAGGUGAGCGAUGGGCGAGUGAGAGCGUCACACCACCUGACGCCGUGGGUCAUUCCCAUAGAUAUGUAUACUUUCAAUGUCUCUAAAAACACUACACAAAAAUUGAAAAAACUUGAAGCUGAAAUUGUAGAGCUACAGGCACUAAUAGAGGCUACUGGAGGACAGAAUGGAAUUGAUGCCCUAAAGUCCAAAAAGUUAAUUUUUGCGGACCUGCUAGGCACGAAGGCAAAGGGAGCUUUGGUCAGGUCGCGCUAUCAAAAUCUUGCGCAAAUGGAUGCCCCAUCCAAGUUCUUUUUCAAUUUGGAAAGGAAAAAUGGCCAGAGUCGAUAUAUUCACUCACUGCGCUCAGAAAGUGGGCAUGAAUUGACAGCGCUGCCUGAAAUAAGACGGCGGGCUGUAAGGUUCUAUAAUGAACUUUAUGGGAGUGAAUAUAAGGAAGAUAAGGAGUUGUCUUCUAGUUUUUAUGCAGGUUUACCAAGGCUAUCGGAAAAGUCAAAAGCAGUGCUGGAGAGGCCUUUGUGUGAGCGAGAGCUUUGGAAUGCACUGCAGAACAUGGAGGGUGGAAAAGCUCCUGGUAUUUAUGGGUUACCAGUUGAGUUUUACAGAGCCUUCUGGGAGGUGCUGUGUGAGGAUCUCUUGGAUGUUCUCAAUGAGAGCAUAGCUGAGGGUUCUCUACCUCUGAGCUGCAGGAGAGCUGUUAUUACUCUUCUGCCAAAGAAAGGUGAUUUACAAGAAAUUAAAAAUUGGAGACCGAUUGAGGGAGGUGAUGGGGCAGGGCUCAUUUCCAUUGAUCAAGAGAAAGCUUUUGACAGAGUGGAGCACCAGUAUCUUUGGGCAACUCUGGAUGCUUUUGGUUUUGGACCAGGUUUUAUUGGAGCAAUUAAGGUAUUGUAUGGAGACAUUGAAAUAAACUCUAUGGAUCCUUUACAGCAAAGUGAAUCUCCUGCACUCAAGCAGAACAAAUCCAACUUAGAAGUUCCGAGCUGUGUGUCCAUGAAGAGUGAUGCAUCAAAGGAACUGUAUGUUGAAUUGAAAGGUGGCAGCACUUCUGAAGACAGGCAGAAAACACCAGAAGUGCCCAGCUGUGUGUCCAUGAAGAGUGAUGCAUCAAAGAAACUAGAUGUUGAAUUGAAAGGUGGCAGCACUUCUGAAGACAGGCAGAAAACAUCAGAAAUGCCCAGCUGUGUGUCCAUGAAGACUGAUGCAUCAAAGGAACUGGAUGUUGAAUUAAAAGGUGACAGCACUUCUGAAGACAGGCAGAAAAUAUCAGACUUGAGAAGUGACACAGCAAACCAUCUGCCAUUGUCUACAAAGUGUGACCGCAAUUCUAAGCACAGGUUAAUAAAACAGAAGAGAACAGACCAAAGCAGUGGUAUGCCUGUAAAUGAGUUGUAUUAUUACCAGGAAUCUACAUAUACACAGUGCAGAAUUCAACUCCAAAUGAAACUGAUAACAAAAUUUCAGUUUUUACAUGAAGGAACAGAACAGCAAAAAAGCCCAACACUCCUAAAUGAGAUCUACACAGAGCUUUACAUUACAGAUGCUAAAGAAAUCAAUGAGGAAUGUGAGAUCAGACAGAUUGAAACAGCAGCUAUGAAAGCAGUGACAGAGGGCACACCAAUCAACUGCAAUGACAUUUUCACACCAUUACCUGAACAAGACCAACUUAUCAGAACUGUGCUUACUAAAGGAUUCGCUGGCAUUGGAAAAACAGUCUCUGUGCAGAAAUUCAUUCUGGACUGGGCUGAAGAGAAAGCAAAUCAGGACAUCCACUUCAUAUUUCCGCUUCCUUUCAGAGAACUCAAUUUGAUAAACAACAAAAAGCUCAGUCUUUUAGAUCUUCUCCAUGUUUUUUUCCCUGAAACUAAGAAAAUGGACAUUUUUAGUGGUACAUAUAAGGUGUUGAUUAUCUUUGAUGGUCUGGAUGAGUGCCAUUUUCCCUUAAGUUUUCAAAGCAACGAGAUUCUACAGGAUGCAACCAAAGAGACAUCAGUGGACGUGCUCCUGACGAACCUGAUUGCAGGGAAUCUACUUCCCUCUGCUCUCAUCUGGAUCACUUCCAGACCAGCAGCAGCUGAUCUCAUCCCCUCUGAGUGUGUCCAUCGACUGACAGAGGUACGAGGCUUUGGUGAGCCAGAGAAGGUACAAUACUUCAGAAAAAGAUUCAGAGAUCAAAUCCUGGCUGAGAAAAUCAUCUCACACCUGAAGUCAUCAAGAAGCCUCUAUAUCAUGUGCCAUAUCCCAGUGUUCUGCUGGAUCUCAGCCACUGUUCUAGAGAAGAUAUUGAGUCAAGUAGAGAGUGGAGAGAUUCCCAAGACUCUCACUCAAAUGUACACACACUUCCUGAUCAUUCAGACCAAGAUCAAACAUGAUAAGGACUAUGAGAGGAAAGUGAACACUGAAGACAUGAUCCUCAAACUGGGAAAACUGUCUUUUCAGCAGCUUGUGAAUCACAAUGCAAUCUUCUAUGAAGAAGAUCUGAAAGAGUGUGGCAUUGAUGUGACAGAAGCAUCAGUAUACUCUGGGUUGUGCACUCAGAUAUUCAGAGAGGAGUUUGGGCUGCAUUCGGGAAAAAUCUACUGCUUUGUUCACCUCAGCAUUCAGGAACAUCUGGCUGCUCUGUAUGUGCAUCACACCUUCACAACACAGAACAUUAAUGUGUUUGACCAAAUUACUGAACCAUCUCAAGAAGCAACAAAUACACAGAUUCCAAUAUUUGAUCUGCAUCAGAAAGCUGUCGAUGAGACCUUACAAAAUAGAAAUAGACACCUGGGCCUUUUUCUUCGCUUCCUUCUGGGCUUCUCACUUGAGUCCAAUCAGACUCUUUUAAACGUUCUUCUAUCACAGACAGAAAGCAGGCACCACAAUUUAGAGAAAACAGUUGAAUACAUCAAGAAGAAGAUAGAGGAACAUCCCACUCCUGAGAAGUUCAUCAACCUGUUCCACUGCCUCAGUGAUCUGGGUGACAGUUCACUAGCGGAACAAAUUCAGCGUUAUCUCAACCAGAGAGCUCUUACCACAGCCAAAUUAACCCCUUUACAGUGGUCAGCUGUUGUGUUUGUUCUUCUCACUUCUGAGAACUUGGAUGUGUUUGAAUUGAAGGCAUAUGCCUGGAAAACUAGCUGUGCACAAAUGGUGCGAGUUCUUUUGCAUCUUGUACCGGUGAUUAAAGCAUACAAAUCAGUUCGACUUGGUCAGUGUGAACUGACACCAAAGUGCUGCAGUCCUCUGGCUACAGCUCUCGCCUCUGAGUCUUCAUGUGUAACAGAAAUGAAUCUGAAUGGAAAUGAAUUAACGGACGAAGGAGUGAAGUUGCUCUCUAAAGGACUAGGAAGUUCUAAUUGCAAACUAGAGAAAAUGGGGCUGAAUGAUUGUUAUGUCAUGGUUGAAGGUUGUGCUGCUCUGGCUUCAGCUCUGAGAUCAAACCCCUCACACCUGAGAUAUCUCGAUUUGUCAUUUAAUAAAUUAGGAGAUAAAGGAGUACAGUGUCUGUCUGAUGAACUACAGAAUCCUCUUUGUAAAGUAGAGAAACUGAAGCUGAGGAAAUGUGAUGUAACAGAUGAAGGUUGUGCUGCUCUGACUUCAGCUCUGGGAUCGAAACCCUCACACCUGAGAGAGCUGGAUCUGACUACAAAUAAUAUAAGAGAUUUGGGAGCGAGGUGGCUAUCUACUGCUUUACAGGAUCCUGAAUGUCAUUUGAAAAUUCUGAGGCUAAAGGAGUGUGGUCUCACAGAUGAAAGUUGUGCUGCUCUGGCUUCAGCUCUGAGGUCAAACCCCUCACACCUGAAAUUGCUAGAUCUGUCUGAGAAUAAACUGGGAGACUCUGGAAUUAAGCUUCUUUCUAAAGGACCAAAGUGUCCUGCUAUUGGUCUUGAACAACUGUGGCUGACUGGUUGUGGUAUCACUCAUAAAGGUUGUGGUGCUCUGGCUUCAGCUCUGACAUCAAAUCUCUCACAGCUAAAAGAGCUGAAUUUGUCUAACAAUGUCAUUGGAAACUCAGGGCUGAAGCUGUUGUCUGCUGCACUGGAGAGUCCUCACUGUAAACUACAGACACUUGGGUUGAAUGACUGUGGUGUCAGUGAUGAAGGUUGCAGUUCUCUGAUUUCUGCUCUGACAUUAAACCUCUCAAACUUGAGUAAGCUGCAUCUAAAUGGGAAUGAAAUAGAAGAGUCAACAAUGGAGCAGCUCUUAGUUCUUAAGGAUAAUCCAGAUAACAAGCUGAAAAAAGUCAAUUGCAGAUCUAACUCUUUAUCAUGGAAUACAGAUUUCUAGUAGCAACAAUGAUCCUGCUGCACAUUUAAAAAGUAAUUAAUACUUAUUUGUAUUGUCCUUGUGAAUCAGCACUAAACUUUUUCAGGAUUUUUAGCAUUCAUUCUAACUAAGAGGACAGAACUGAGCUCCUCCAGCAAAGCAUAUUAAGUUAAAUAGUUUUCAGUUAGCACAAUUUACAUAUGCAUAUAUAAGUUAAUGUAUAUGUCGAAGAGUAUAAGUAAAGAUGAAUAUAUUACAGUGUUUUAAGUUUUACAAAAAAAUCAUUUUUAAUGUGGCUUUUCUAUGGUUUUAAGUACUUGUUUUGGUUUCAGUGUUUUCUUUUUUUUAUUGUAAUGAAUUUCUGUCCUCUGGAAGUUCUAGUGUCAUAUUUUGUUAUAUGUUUCUUAAACAACUGAACAAUUUACACAUAGAUGAAAGUCAAUUAUAUAAUGAAGGCUGUUUUUAACUGAAAGGUUCUCAAGGUAAUUUAAUUAGCUGUCACUUGUUUUAUAUGUUGCCAUUUUAUACAAUUCAUUAAUUACAAUUUAUGCUGUAUAAGCAAUGUUUUUAUAUUGUUGUAUGUUAAUGUUUACAUAUUUGCUGUUUAAUAAAUUCGCUUGUUUUAAAAAUUUACAUUAUAAACAAAAUGUUAUCUAAAUGAUGUUAUAGUAGUUGAUUAAAGAAUAUUUGAUGACAAAGAUGAUUUAUUGAGAAUGCAUUUCCAGAAAAGUGAGAUUUAAGGUAUGUAGGUAGAAAGUCCUU